CCAAACAGGCGUAACCAGUAGGACUCUGCGGGUACUAAGUUCAGGCGUAAAAGUAAACGCUUGACUACAUCCGUGUUUUGUCGUUGUUGUUUUCUUUUUGUUUGCUUGUUUUUUUUUUUUUUACUUAUUAAACGGCCAAUUGUUGCUGGCUGUUGCGGCGACGGUUCGGUGUCCCAUUUUGGAGGAAGGCAGCGGCAGGACGCGCACAUCUGUCACAAAAAAAAAAAAAAAACACGCACCAACACUAACCCAAGCUGUCCGAGCAGGGCUGCGUCGGUCACCAUGCCUGUGCGACAGAAAGAUGCUCAGAGGGCCCUGGAGCUGCUCCAACAGUACCGAGUAAAACUGAACCAGAGACAGCAAAAUCAGAGUCAGAGCAAACAGGCUUCCAUGGAGGAGGACCAGCAGCUGCAGCAAUCUUUAGACAGAGUCAUCAAUAUCUUCCAAAGUCAGCUCUUCAGUGCUCUACUUGAUAUCCAGGAGUACUAUGAGCUGACAAUCCUGCAGGACAGCCAAGGUUCUGUCGACACUCCUGAGAAACUCCCAGCUUCCUGCAGCCUUCCAACAGAGAAAUCAUCACAACAGCAAAAGUCCCCCAGCCCUUCGAUCCCCUCUGCUUCUGGAGAACAACCCCAACUCACUAAGCCAGAGUCUAUUAAAUCCCCCAUCACACCUCAACCAACUGGACAACCUACAAAAUCAAAAGUCAAGUGCCGUGCUCCCCCUCCACCCAUCCAUACUGGAAACCCCAAAUUUGUCGAAGGAGUUAUUUCCAAACCCUCUUCACCUUAUGAUGCCAAUACUUCCAGUGUUACUGCCAGCGCUGUAGAAAGUCCCAGUGACCCCACUAAAACAUCACAGAAUGGAACCAACCAACAUGUCACUGUCACAAAGUCAGAGAAUACAACAAACCCACAAAACCUUCCUGCCCCUAAAGACCUGAAUCUGGUGACUGUUUCUGCCCUUGUCUCUAGCACCAUCCAAGGUCUUGUGUCACCAACCACUCCAGACAAAGCUACUCCUACAAGCACCACUUCAACAACCAGUCCAGGAGAAGGUACAGUCGCAGGAACUGGCAAUACUGCAGCUGUUUCUAGUGGCAGAGAUCAAGGAAUAAGCAAAGACAGUUCGAGUAAAAGUCCAACGAGUCCCAACAAUGGAAAAGGCCCAUUUGAGAGCAAAAGCCCCACAAGUCCUUUGGCAAAUAUAAGCAAAGGAUCUCAUUUUAGUUCAAUAAGCCCUGGGCAGGUAAAAGGCCCCCCUGCUAGCCCUGGCUAUGGACCAGCCUCCCACAGAUUGCCUACAACUCCAUUGACCUCCACCAAGAAGUAUCGAUACCAAGAGGAAGAAGGGACUUCACCAGGUGUCCCAAGACUUCACCAUCACACCUGCCAUCAGCAUCCAAUGGGAAUUGCUGGAGAGAUAACCGAUGGAGGGACCCUGGGGAGGGAUGGCGGGACACUUGGAAGAGAUGGAGGGACUCUUGGAAGGGAUUCAGGGACGUUAGGAAGGGAUUCAGGGACUCUAGGAAGGGAUGGAGGGACUCUAGGAAGACAUGGAGGAACACUGGGGAGGAAGGGAGGGACACUAGGGAGGGACAGAGAGACCUGGAGGCGAGAUGGAGGGGGCAUUGGAAGCAUGGAGCGAGAAAGGGAGCGAUCCCUCGGGAGAGAUGGAUCCCUCAUUUACCAUGGUGACCUGCGUGGAGCAGAACUGGUUCAGGUGGCGGAGCGCCAGCUUUCUCAGAUCCAGCAUGUCCAUGGAUAUGUCACUCAUACACACAUCGCACCCGCUCAGGUAGAAUCAUCCGAGGUACCAUUUGAUGAUGAGGUGUGGCCUCACCCAGAAGGUGAGAGGCUUAAUGAGGUCCCAGCACCGCCUUUCUCCUCCCUCUAUUCUCAAAGCCACUCCUACUAUCAGGUAAACUUUGCUUUGUAGCCGUUGCAUGCGUUC